UCUGUCACAUGACUCUGGAGUCAGUCUCUGCACUGGUGCAGCUGGUGAAGUCUUGAAUCCGAGCUAAAUUAACAUCACAGCUAGCUUAUAGCAUUAUAAGAAAGUUGAAACGUAUCCCCAGAAACGUUAACGGGGGCUUGGUCGCCAAGAAUAGUGCUUUGUCGUCUUUAAAAGUCGGUGACAUUUGUUUCUUUCUCGCCGUUGUUUUGACGCUAACGUUAGCCUAGCUAGCUAGUACAACAACAUCAUCCUCACCUAGCUAACCCGCUUGUUGUUGUACUGCCGUGAUUUCUUCCUGACCAGCGGUGAAACAGCCGGAGAGAAACCAGAGAAACAUGACCCAGAUCGGCUGUGUCCAGUCAUGGAGCCUGGGAGUAACGUUACAGUUGAUUUUAGCUGUUGCCCUGCACCAGGGUUUUGCUACUGUUGCCCCACCCACUACUGCCCCAACCACUGCUGCACCGCAUAAAGAGCCCAGCAGACCUGAAAGAGGAAACUACGUAGUUAAGGGCAGCAAUGGUACUGCCUGUUUGCUGGCAUCCAUGGGCCUCCAGCUCAACGUCACAUUCAGCUCUUUGUCCCAGAAUAAGACUGUGCAGGACGUUAUGAACAUUCAGCCCAGUCUGACAAAUAGCUCUGGAUCAUGUGACUCGGACAGCGCUUACCUGCGGCUCACGACGGAUGCAGAGAAAACCAACCUCACCUUUACCUUCACCCUGAAUACUACAUCCAAUAAGUACCAUCUGAGUGAAGUGUUUCUGUCAGCAGCCUGGCCGGACAUGAAAGAUUCCAUCUCAGUCCGUAACAACAGUCUGGACUACCUGCGGGGAACCCUGGGGUUCUCGUACAUGUGCCGAGAGGAACAAACCCUGAACGUGGCCCAGAAUUUGUCCAUCAACACCUUCCAGGUGCAGGUGCAGCCUUUCGGUCUGAGCGGGAAUCAGUUUGGAGCAGCUGAGGAGUGUCAGUUGGAUGAAGAUGACAUGCUGAUCCCCAUCAUAGUUGGAGCAGCUUUAGCGGGCCUCGUCCUGAUUGUGCUCUUGGCAUACCUCAUUGGCAGGAAGAGGAGCCAUGCUGGCUACCAAACCAUCUGAGGUGGCUUGUCACUCUCAUGUCCCCCCCGGGCCAGAGCGCGAUAACCCCACCCAUGAUAUUAACCACUAUUUGACAAGACUUAACACUCUAUCUACCUUAUACCUCUCUGUCCCCCCACCCUUCAUCUCUGUGUGUGCUGUUCUUCGCCCCUACGAGUAACACUAGUCCUUAUCACUUUGUGCAGUUGAUAUGCGCUUUCUGAACUGACCCACUCUUUAAAAAAAGAAAAAAGAAAAAAGAAAAGGGACUGUUUGGAGAUUGUAGUGAAAUGAAGAAAAACUCUAAAGGUACCAGGCAAAGAAGGGGAUGCUGAUCAGAGGGUAAUGAGUCCUCAGAUUGUAUUGUACUAUUUAUGAUUUCUGUGAAAGGAAUUUUGAGGGAUUGCGGGAUUUGAGGGAAUUGCUUCUGUAGCUUUUCUUAUGUUAUUGGGUGACCAUAUUUACUUGGCUCAUCCUAAAAGGCUUGUUAUUAAAAAGGGAAUAUUUUUCAACUGUUUAAUUAAUCCAUUUCAGACAGUAAAGAUCUGACUUUUUUUUUUUUUAAAUCGCACCUCUACAUUUAGCCCAAGUAUGAAGAUUUUAGGGAACAUACUAAAAACACAGUGUGUAUGUGUGAGGAAAUUUGUUAGAGGUCCACUGGGACUCAACACAUUUUGUAUGGAGACUGUAGAUGCGGCUGGCAGCUUUGUAGAAUUGGAGGCAUUUAUAGCUUUUUUCAUUUCACUCAGUGGAGUAGUUUUGGCAUUUUGGGAAACAGGCUCAUUUACUUUCUUGCCAAGAAUUAGAUGAGAAGAUCAUUAUCACUCCUAUAGCUGCUAAAUGUCAAGCUAGAGCAAGGAAAGGGUUAGCUUAGCUUAGCCUAGCGUUUAGGGACGUUUCCAGAUAAAAACAGCUGGCCUGGUACUGUGCAAAAGUAAAUCUGCCUAUUACAACCUCUGAAGUUAUCUAAUGAACAUGCUGUAGUAGUAGUAGUGUUGAGCCCCAGCCAAGAAAUAGUUUUGGCUGGGGCUUGGAGAGGAGAUUCAAGGAAGUGAACCUGCCUGCCCAGGCUCAUAGUCCCCUGAAAAACCACAGCUUAUCAGUCUUACUCUUCCGUUUUUGUACAGAUAAUUCAAACAAGAUAUAAGAUAUUUGUUAGUGAGCUGUAGCGUUUCUGGUAGGUGGAUUUUGUUACAUUUGGAUAGAACCAGGUUUGUUUUCUCCCCUUGCUUCCAGUAUUUAUGCUUAGCUGAGCUAUGUUAUGCUUAUGGCUGCGGCUUCAUAUUCAGUGCACAGACAUGAAAAUAGCUUCGAUCAUCUCAUCUAAAUCAACAUAAAAGCAAAUAAGUGUAUUUCCCCAAGUGAUGAUAGCCUCUAUUUUGGAUUCUGCUGUUACAGAACAGACACAUGCCAGGAUUUGUUUAAACUAUCUAUUUAAAGUAAUGUUGGCUUAGUGCACGAAAAAGCUCAGGACAUCACUGUAAGAACGUAAUAGUGUUGCUUUUUUAAAGUCCACUGGGUGGUUUUGUUUGUUUGUUUUCUUCCUGAAUUUGGGCCCACUUGGGAUUUUUGUUGUUAGAGGGAAAUAAGUUGCACUGAAGUCCUGAGAAACAGCCCAAUGUAAUGACUAAAAUGGCCAAAAUGCUCUGGUCAGUGUUCAUCAGUGCCUUCCCAACUGUAACAUGGAUGGGAUUUAAGUAAAGCCAAUUUUCACAGAGAUUCACUCACUCACUGACACUGUGUGCUGCCAUGUAUGGGACAUUUCUUUGUGUCUCACAUAGCCUUCAUGUACUGUUAUUACCAUUGAUAUGAAUUGUUUGAUGUAUUAGGAGAAAGUACAGUUAUUUAUGUUUUUAGUUUUUUUUCUCCCUCAUCUAUCUGUGUAGUGAUUUAAUAAGGUUUUAAUGGAUUUGUUUGAACUGUUUUCUAAAGGAGAGGUCAAUAAAAGUGAAUGAACAAGGA